GUUUGAUUUAUUCCUCCACCAAAGACUGGUGUGAUGAUCCUUAUACUUUCCCCUGCUGCAGUUCAUUCUGGACCUAUGUGAGCAGCAAAGUUGUGUAGGACUGGAAAGGUUUGGCUGAAUGGACUUUAGCGUCAAAAGAAGUUCUCCUCUGUUAACGCGAAAAAUUAACCACAUCAAAAUGAAACAGGUACCAGAGAUCCUUGGAAAUGCCAAUGCGAAAACACAGAAUUGUGAAGUGAAUCGUGAGUGUUCUGUCUACUUAGGCAAAGCACAGCUUUCUGCCACUCUACAGGAGGGUGUCAUGCAAAAAUAUAAUGGCCACGAUGGUCUUCCGUUUAUUCCAGCUGAUAAAUUGAAAGAUCUAACUUCUCGUGUGUUUAAUGGCGAGUCUGGGGCACAAGAUACUAAGCUGCGCUUCGAGCCCCAGGAAAUAAAAGGAGUUGGAACACCACCUAACACUACUCCUAUCAAGAAUGGCUCUCCGGAGAUAAAGCUGAAAAUCACUAAAACCUACAUGAACGGAAAGCCUCUCUUUGAAUCUUCCAUUUGUGGAGACAGUGGAGCAGCUGUGUCCCAGUCAGAGGAAAAUGAACAAAAAACAGCAAACAAGGAGAGAAGAAACAGAAAAAGAAGCAUAAAAUACGACUCCUUACUUGAGCAGGGUCUUGUUGAAUCAGCGUUAGUGUCAAAGACUUCAAGCCCCUCUGAAAAGAAGGUAUACACCAGGCAACGGAAUCCUGUGUAUCUGAUGCCUUUUAAGCAGACUCCUGCUAAGAAAGAUUCUUCUGCAACUACUGUAAAAGAAGACAAAGUUCAUGUGUUGAAGUACAAUGUAGGGGAUCUGGUGUGGUCUAAAGUGUCUGGUUAUCCUUGGUGGCCGUGCAUGGUUUCAGCUGAUCCUCUUCUUCAUUCCUACACUAAACUAAAAGGACAGAAAAAGAGUUUUCGUCAGUAUCAUGUACAGUUUUUUGGUGAUGCUCCAGAACGAGCUUGGAUAUUUGAGAAGAGCCUUGUGUCAUUUAAAGGAGAAGAACAGUUUGAACAAUUAUGCCAGGAAAGUGCAAAACAAGCCCUCACUAAAGCUGAGAAAAUAAAGAUGUUAAAGCCUGUUUCUGGAAAACUGCGGCCUCAGUGGGAGAUGGGCAUUAAGCAAGCCAGCGAAGCACUAGGCAUGGCAGUGGAAGAACGGAAAGCCAAGUUCACUUUUAUCUACAUUAGGGACAGACCUCAUCUUAAUCCUCGAGUGGCAAAGGAGGCUGGUAUUGCUGUGGAACCAUUAGAGGAAAUAGAUGAGUCCUCUUACUCGAACCAAGAAACCACUCAAAGUCUGAAAUUGAUGAAGGAAUCUGGCAUUCCUAGCAAGAGGAGGAGGAGGACAUCAAAACUGCCUUCAACUGAUACAAAAGAAAGUGAUCAGUUAGGGACUAAGACUACUACCCUACAAAAGGCAUAUGAACAAGGAGAAACCAAAAGAGGGACAGGUUCUCCCAUCAAUAGAAAGAAAGCUGCAGCAUCUACUCCACGAAGCAGAAAGGGUGAUGCGGUAUCUCAGUUUUUGGUCUUUUGUCAGAAGCACAGAGAUGAGGUGGUUGCUGAACAUCCAGAUGCUUCAAGUGAGGAGAUUGAAGAACUGCUUGAAUCGCAGUGGAACAUGCUUAGUGAAAAACAGAAAGCUCGCUAUAACACAAAGUUUGCCAUAGUGACCUCUCCCAAAUCUGAAGAAGACUCUGGUUCAUCAUUGAAGAAUAUUGGAGAGGCCAAACGUAAAGUGUUUCAAGACUCACCUAAAAGGAGAUCAAGAUCCAGAAGUAACUUACAUGGAAAUAAAAGAAACCAAAAAAAGAGGACAAAGGAACCUUCAGAAGAUUUUGAAGUUCAGGAAGCACCUAGGAAAAGACUCAGGAUGGAUAAACAGAAUAAUCGGAAGAGGGAGACAAGCAAUGACAAAACAGCAAAAACAAAGGUCACAGAAACCUUCUCUUCACAAAAGAACCAGUCAGCAACGAAAAAUCUGUCUGAUGCAUGUAAACCACUGAAGAAGCGAAAUCGGGCUUCAGCAGCAGAAUCUUCAACUCUUGCUUUUAGCAAGAGUUCAUCUCCUUCAGCUUCCUUAACUGAAAAUGAGAUCUCGGAUGGUCAAGGAGAUGAGCGAUCAGAGUCACCCUAUGAAAGUGCAGAUGAGACUCAGACAGAAGCUUCUAUAUCAUCCAAAAAAUCUGAGAGAGGAGCAGCAGCAAAAAAAGAAUAUGUGUGUCAGCUGUGUGAAAAACCUGGUGAUCUCCUGCUAUGUGAAGGCCUAUGCUUUGGAGCUUUUCAUGUAAGCUGCCUUGGGCUCCCUGGAAGACCAGCAGGAAAAUUCAUUUGUCGUGAAUGUACAUCAGGUGUCCAUACUUGUUUUGUGUGUAAGGAGAGAAAGGCAGAAGUGAAACGCUGUAUUGUAUCCCAGUGUGGUAAAUUCUACCAUGAAGCUUGUGUGAGAAAAUUUCAUCUUACUGUGUUUGAGAACAGAGGUUUUCGAUGUCCUCUCCAUAGCUGUGUGAGCUGCCAUGUUACUAACCCCUCAAAUCCAAGAAUAUCAAAAGGCAAAAUGAUGCGGUGUAUUCGUUGUCCUGUGGCUUACCAUGCUGGAGAUGUCUGCAUUGCUGCAGGGUGUGCAGUGAUCACUUCCAAUAGCAUUGUUUGUACCAAUCAUUUCACUGCUAUGAAAGGAAAAAGUCAUCAUGCACACGUCAAUGUGAGCUGGUGCUUUGUGUGCUCAAAAGGAGGAAGUCUGUUGUGCUGUGAGUCAUGUCCUGCAGCAUUUCACCCAGACUGUUUAAAUAUUGAAAUGCCAGAUGGUAGCUGGUAUUGCAAUGACUGUAGGGCAGGAAAGAAACUCCGCUUCCAGGAUAUCAUUUGGGUCAAACUGGGAAAUUACAGAUGGUGGCCUGCAGAAGUUUGCCAUCCAAAAAAUGUUCCUCCAAAUAUCCAGAAAAUGAAGCAUGAAAUUGGAGAAUUUCCGGUGUUUUUCUUUGGUUCUAAAGAUUAUUACUGGACACAUCAAGCUCGUGUGUUUCCAUAUAUGGAAGGAGACAGAGGAAGUAGAUACCAAGGAAUUAAAGGAAUUGGAAAAGUCUUCAAAACUGCCUUGCAAGAAGCGGAAGCUCGAUUUCGAGAAAUAAAACUUCAGCGAGAAGCCAAAGAAACCCAAGAGAAUGAACGUAAACCUCCACCAUACAAACACAUAAAGGUGAACAAACCUUGUGGUAAAGUUCAGAUUUAUACUGCUGACAUUUCUGAGAUUCCCAAGUGCAACUGCAAACCUUCUGAUGAGAACCCUUGUGGUUUUGAUUCUGAGUGUCUAAACCGGAUGCUAAUGUAUGAAUGUCAUCCACAAGUUUGUCCAGCUGGAGAACGCUGCCAAAAUCAGUGCUUUACCAAACGCCAAUACCCUGAGACAAAGAUCAUCAAAACUGAUGGCAAAGGGUGGGGUCUGGUUGCUAAGAGGGACAUAAAAAAGGGAGAAUUUGUGAAUGAAUAUGUUGGUGAACUAAUUGAUGAAGAGGAAUGUAGGGCAAGAAUCAAACAUGCACAUGAAAAUGAUAUCACUCACUUCUAUAUGCUCACUAUUGAUAAGGACCGUAUUAUUGAUGCUGGCCCCAAAGGAAACUAUUCUCGUUUUAUGAAUCACAGCUGCCAACCAAAUUGUGAGACUCUCAAAUGGACAGUGAAUGGAGAUACCCGUGUAGGCCUGUUUGCUGUGUGUGAUAUCCCUGCAGGAACAGAGCUGACUUUUAACUACAACCUUGACUGUCUUGGCAAUGAAAAAACUGUCUGUAAAUGUGGCGCCCCAAACUGUAGUGGAUUUCUUGGGGAUAGACCAAAGAAUUCUUCCGCUAAUUCUUCAGAGGAAAAAGGCAAAAAGACCAAAAAAAGAACUCGGAGACGUAAAACAAAAAAUGAGGGAAAGAAAGAGUCUGAAGAUGAGUGUUUCCGUUGUGGGGAUGGAGGUCAACUUGUAUUGUGUGACAGGAAAUCUUGUACUAAGGCAUACCAUCUCUCCUGUCUUGACUUGGUGAAACGUCCUUUUGGAAAAUGGGAGUGUCCUUGGCACCACUGUGAUGUUUGUGGCAAGCCUUCUGUUUCUUUUUGCCACUUCUGCCCAAAUUCUUUCUGCAAGGAACACGAAGAUGGGACAGUACUAAAUUCUACAUUAGAUGGACAGUUAUGCUGCUCUGAACAUGUUCUUGGGGUAGAUUCUGUUGAAAAUCAGAAGACUGAGAAACCCCCAAAAAAAUUGACCAAGUUGAAGCCUAAAAAAAAGCGAAGGAACAGAUGGAUGAGAGCUGAAUGCAAAUAAUAAUGAACUGCAGUUACUACUGCCAACACUAUCUUGUAGAUAAGUUGUGUAUAGGGCCAGAGAAGGACACAAUUUUACAUAUAUCCUGUAAGGUUACACUUGGAUAAAAAAGCAUUUUUAAUCCACUGAGCCAACCACAGCAGUCUUCUGCUGCAUCUGCACUGAUAAAGAACUGUGGCAUACACAGUUCAGAAUUUUUUCAGGACAAACCAAACAUAUUACUCAGCAUUACAGUUACACUUGAAUUUUACGAAUGUAAAGGGUUCCCUCCAAUGUUUUUCCAUUUGGGGGUAAAUUAAAAUCAAACCAUGUAGGCAUAUAAAUGUAGUUUCUUGAGAUAGUAUUUGCCAGCCAGCAGUUGUUUAAAAUAGUGUAUCCUUGAAAGAUGUUGUUAGUUCUCAAGUUCUUUUAAAUAAGAAAUUGUGUGGUGUAUGCAGUCCCAAUGAGAGCUGUUUGCCUUGUAUUCAUUGUGGAGGAAGUGCUCAAGUGGCAUGCCCUAUCCAGGUGCAUUUCUCAUUAUAACCACAGACUUUAUAAUUUGUUCUUGCUCUUACAGAAUGGCUAAUUGUUCUUAAAUAAAAAUUGUUGUAAACAUCCUUCCACCAAGAAAUAAGGUGCAUGGUGGAAAGAAGCACACUGUGUAUUAGCAAGGGGAAUCUUGCAAGAAUUUUUUUCUAUGCUUUUUUUGUCCUGAAUUUAAUUACAGAUGAAUAGAAAUAUACAUGAUUUUGAAGUGCUAUACAAAUCCAGAUUUAGUGAUGAUAUGUUGCAAUUGAGGCACAAUAUUUAGGAUUUUUGUGUUUUUAAUUAAAAAAAAAAUUCUCAAAUUCAAUGAAUAAUUUUUUGUUCAGAAGCAAGCAUUUUUCCAGUUUGCAAUCCAAACAUUGCACCAUAGUAGUGCAAGAACUAAAAUAUGAAACUGAAUAAUCUAUUACAUUUUUUCAUUUAAAAUCUAGUUUGUUUAAAUAUUUCUUCCUAACACACAUGACAUAAUUAAAGAUAAAAUUUAACUUGGUUAUGUCCUUUUUUCAACAGCUUUUAUGAAAAGGACUAUUUGACUCAGGGCAGACUACUUGAAGUAAUUCCUUACUGAUGUAGGAGUUUACCACCUGGCUUUUUAUGACCACUCCAUUAUUUCAGCGAAGCUAUCUCAAUUUUUUUAUUCCCAUAAGAUUUUCAAAUUUACAAUAUACAUACAUACACAUAUUAGUUAGGCUAACAGGUAAAAUGGUAUAGAAAAAUAGCUAAAUUUUAUCUUCUAUUUUAUGCCGUUUUUGUGUAAUUGUGAUUGGUCAGGCAAUGUUACAAACAAGUUUUGACUUUUACAGUCAUAACUCAGCCCACAUAAAUGCAAUGCACACUCUUAUGCCCAUUUAAUAAUUUGUAUAUGGUCUAGCUUAGUUUGCCUUUAAUAGUGCGGAACCUCUGUGUGGCUCUUUUUUUUUUUUAAUGAAGCAUAGCUUUAUCAUAAAAAUGUAAUAUUUUUUCAAAAGAUUUUUUUCAGGGCUUGAUUGCAGAUCUAGCUUUAAUUAUUGAAAUCUACAGCUGUUCCCCAUAUGAAAAUUUGUGUGUGUCAUUUUAUUAGAAAUUUUUAAUUUAAACAGUUCUAAAAUGUACCUUUACACCAUGGUGAAAUUUGAAAUAUUUUUAUUUUGUAAUUGAGCAUCUGCUUUGUGGUUUUGGAUUGAAAUUUAUAAACACUGUUGGAAGGUUAAUUCUUCCUUUUUCAACUAAUCCUUUGCUUGAAGUAACACAGUUCAGUGUAGGAAAAAGUGUUACAUUAGUGGUUGAGAUUUUUACUUCACUUUUAGCAAAUCAUUAUACAAAGUCUUGAACAUGAUGUAAAAAUUGAAAGUUUCUCAAAUGUGUUUACGGGGAAUGUUCUUUCUUCUGAGGUCCUUUAUUAUACUGCCAAGGCUAAAGCAUAGACAGGUACCUAAAAUGAAAACCAAAAAGGUAUGCUGUAUAUCCUUUUAGGAUGGGGGAGGGAGGUUAGAUGCCCUUUGAAGGGAAGGGAUGAGAAAAAGACAAUUUUUUUGAUGACUUUCAAGCAAAAUGAAGGAAUUUGGUGUAAUAAGAAUGAGUAUUUCAAUAUUUGUUUCUUUGGAUAAAAUAACCUCUGAGGAAAGCGUCAUACAAAUACUUUUUAAAUAAGUUAUUAUAAAACUUACCUUGAAUUCUAGUGCUUUAAAUUUUUUAUGUUGUUCAUUGGCUAGUUACUUUGAGUCACCUCAUUGUUGUACUAGUUCUAGUGUGUUGGAAUAGGUGUUCUGUUUUUUUUUUGUGGGCAGAUGUCCUUAUCACAGAAACUACCAUCGGCACUGGUAUUAAUUGACACCAUUGCAAAGACCAAAAACUGAAUGAUUAUGGACUCUGCCAAUUUAUCUUCUUGGUCAGUUUCUGAAGCACAGUUGUGCAGCAGUGUGCACUACUGCCAUUCAUGCUGCGCUUGUCUGUGGAUAAAUAAAGUUUUCAGUCUCCAUGGCUGUCACUUCCAACACUUUUUUUCAUAAUUUAGAGAGUGAUUUCCUGUUGUCUGUGGUUUACUCUUUCUACUUCCCAAUCGUAAACUAUUUGAGCCAAUAGUUACUUGCAUCCCUGAGAAUAAUAAACUCUAGGGCUUGUGCCUGUAGAUGUUUACUUUGUUAGUUAAAUUAAUUAAUUUAUUGAAAAGCCUAUUCCUUCUAUUCAUUACUUUUGAAAAUAUCUAUUGCAGAUCUGAGUCAAAUUCUCCCCUGAUUCACAUCUCCUGCAACCACAUAGAACUCAGUAGGGUUGCUUUAAAUAUUGCUCAGCAUAUAAUUUAGUCUGUGAUUCAGGAAGAUAUUUUAAAGGGCUUUUUUCAUUAAUACUUUUUACACCUUAUAUCUUAAACAGUCUUGUGUAAAAGGAACACAUUAAUCUUUAGUGGUCAAAAUCUACAAAUAUUGGACAUACAAUUGUAAAGGCAUCUAAUCCCAAUUGAAACAUACACAUCGUGAAAUUAUGUCAAAAUGUUUACAUUUCAUCUCAGCCAUUAAAGUAUAAGAGCUGAUUUUCAGUAAAUUCUGCUACACUAAGUUAGUACAUAAUAGGCAAAAUAAAAUGUGCUGUUGCCUCCUGAUGAAAUCAGAGACACUUUAGAAGUAUGGUUUCAGUUGAAACAUCAGAAGUAUUUUUAUAUUAUCUGGAAAAUAUAAUUAAUUAAACGGAAUUGCUGGUUUGUUCAAUAGUUUGUAUUCAUGGUAAGUUUUCAAGGGGGUAUUUUAAAUAUUUAAAAUACUGGAAUUACUUUGGGGAAGUAUUAAUGGAGAUGUUCUAUAUUGCGGAGUCAUUAUUCCUUGACAGGCCUUUGAGAAAUUUCAGUGUCUUUUCACAUAUUAAAGUUCUUUCCCGGUUAUCUUA